UACACUGAACGCUUCCUUACUGUUCGCCUCAGUUCAACUCUGAAUCAUCCCUCAGGUAGACCAGCUCUGUGAAAUCCACAGGAACCUUCGCAUCUGCUCAAACUCCACAGGUGAAAUAAAUAUAGUCCUGCUAAGAUCGGCUCAUUCUCACUCUGCCAGCAUGAUGAUGGCGACUCUACUAGUUAUGUUCCUCGUCAAACACUCUUCAGGAACUCAAGACAUUCAUACAGUCAGUAAAAUAUCUGUUCAACAACAUCAAACUAUCAUAAUCCCUUGUUUAUAUGAUCAGAAAUAUGUUAGUAACAUAAAAUAUAUGAGUUCUGGAAGUUCUUGGUACUUCAGUAGACCUGUAAUACACGACAGAAUGUCUUUUGUGGAUAACCAAACAGAAACAAUUUUUACGGUAACGUUGAAGAACGCUGACAUGAGAGACACUGGCAAAUACUGGUGUGGGAUCAGCAUACCUGGAUCUGAUCCUGCCGCAAGACUUUACUUGGAGGUUAUAAAAGAUAAACCCAGACUCCAUGUCUCCAGUCAAUACGUGUCAGGAUAUGAGGGUGGGAACGCUGUCGUCGUCUGUCACGGGGCGUCACAGUGGUGUCAGAUCGGAGGCUCUUGUGUUCAGACAAAUGAAGGAACCUCAAAUAAAACUGUAGUGUAUGUCAGUGGUGAUGCUCUGAAUGUGACCUUGCGCGAGCUGAAGACAGAGGACGGAGGAUGGUACUCCUGCUCUGAUGGAGAAUCACAGAUGCCGGUUUAUAUUACCGUGAGGAAGGCCCCAUAUACAAGACGAGACCCUGUUCAGUAUACAGGUCACACCACAGCAUCCGUUCAAGAGAAUCCUGUGCUGAAGCGCGUCCCGUGGCUCGUCAUUCUGGGGGUGAUGCUGCCCGUAAUCGUCUGCGCAGCGGUGAUACUGAUCAAAGUAAACUACAAAAGAAAACAAAGAGUUGAAAUGUCAAAUCCUUCUGAAGGCAUGAACAAUCAUCACUUGCCCAAAGGAAAUGAUCAGGUUACGUGUGAAAAUCUCUAUGAAGAGUCUGGAAUUAAACAAAACAUUCAGGGUAAUGAGAAAAACGAGGAGGCAACAUGUGACAGUCUCUAUGAAAUCAUGUCUGGAACUAAACAAAACAUUCAGGAAAAUGAGAAAAACAGCGAGGCUGAAAAUCUUUAUGAAAUCAUGACUGGAAUUAAACAAAACAUGCAGAUGACUGUGAUGGAUAAUAAAAACAUAUAUGAAUCUAUGGUCAGAAAAGUGAAAUAGUUAUAUAAUCAGACUUUUUAUAAUGUUUUAUAAUGUUGUGGAAUGUGUAUGAAAUUUAUAUUACGACUGUGAUGUGAAGUAAUGGUUAUCAGGUCACGCAUGUGAAUUUUGCUGGGAAUCGAGCGUUGCGAGCUCUACUGUUUGAGCUCAGGAAAAUAAAAAAUAAAAUAAAAUACAAUAUUCCCAUUUUGUGAAAAACAAAUAAAAAUGUUGUUCAAUGCUGUUUUAUAAACCAUAUGUUCUCAUGUUUACUUUUUUAGUAAUGUGUAAGAAAGUAUUAAUGUUAAAGGUUUACUGUUUUACCUGAUUUUUAUUUCUUUUCCCCCCAUAAUGCGAUUUUUGAAUUGUAUUAAAUCUAAUAAGGGUCAAUUUCACCUGGAACAUAACACUCAAACCCAGAAUUUUAACAUAAAUGUAUUGUUCUCUGUCUGUUUUAGUUCAUUCUGUCUCUCAGUGUCGUCUUCUCUGUACAGGAUCUUUAUUUUUUCACCGUUUCAGUUUGUGCUUGACCUGUGUGAGGAGUAAUGCAACGCCAGGGUCUGUGGCUUUAUUUUCAUCAAGUGGAAAAACUGUGGGUGUAACAUAGUGCUUAUUUCUUGUUUUUUGUCAUGCCUUUUAAAGACUUUUGUAGAGAAAAUGUCAAUAGCUGGUCUUUCAACAAACAAAUCCUUCUGUUCUUGCUUCGGGGGAAUGUAUCACCUGACUGUUAUAAAUAAAUAAUUAGUUUCGUCACACUAUCCACAAAUACUCUUGCAAAAUAGUGGUGGAGUGUUGCAGAAAAAGAGGAACUAGAGAUGGGAGAAGAUUUUCACAUGCAAACAUCUUCACAAUGAGACAACAAUGGAUCUAGGCUGUCUUCUCUUCAUCUGCAUCUUCACGAAUCUCUCAGGGGCUCAAGAUGUCACCACGGUCAGGAAAAUAUCUGUUCAGAAAGGACAGUCUGUCAUAAUUCCUUGUUUAUAUGAACAGAAAUAUGCAUUUUCAUACAAAUACUUGAGUGCUGGAGGCAUUUGGUUUUUGAGUAAUGAUAUAGCAUCCUUCGACCACCAUCACAAAAAGGUAUUGAUCUCUGACAACACGUCACGUAACGUCUUCACUGUCCGCUUCGAUGAUGUUCAGGAGUCGGCUCAGUACUGGUGUGCUGUUCAUAUUCCUUCUGGUUUUGAUAAACAUGCAGGCUUCUUCUUGGAUGUCACCGCAGGCCCUUCGAGUCUUUAUGUGAACCAUCAGGACGUGAGCGGAUCUGAGAACGGUAGCGUCACCGUCACCUGCUAUCAUCGUGGGCAGAGAGAUGUGAAAUGGUGUAAGUUUGCAGAUCGCUGCGUGACGGGGAGGUUUGGGACUUUAGAUGGAGCCUCGGUUGAGAUCAGAUCUGAUCAGAAACACAUGACUGUGACCAUGAGCGGACUGAAGAAGGAGAACACAGGCUGGUACUGGUGCUCAACAAACGACCAGCAGAUGCCUGUUCAUAUUACUGUACAUCAUACUCAGGCGCUGGUCACUGCAGAGACGGAUCAGAUCACACUCACCUACCGGAAGAGGACGGCUAUUUUAUUUCUGUUGCCUGUGGUUUUGGAAAUUCUCCUGAUCAUAAUCAUUUACUCAGCACUGAAACUGCUUACAUUUUGCAAAGAAAGAUGCUUGACAUCUGUGAAUGAAGAGGAAAGUCAGUACAUAACGAUGCACAGGAGCCGAUCCUCGCCCUCAUAUGGAGGUACUUCUGGAGAAGGACCUUAUGAAAUCAUGGCUGAACUCAAGAGAAACACUGAGCCUCAGAGAGAGUCGGAUUAUGCGAACAUCAGGGAGACGUGGCUCGGCAACAUCAGAAGUGAUCCUCUGAUUCAGCAGCCGUUCACUGGUCUUCCCUUAAAUCUCUACCAAGCCUGAGCACUGUUUUAAAGAGACUGUAUAAUAUAAAUAUUUGAUUUAUUUUUAUCACUGUUCAAUUAAUUCUAAUAUGCCCUAUAAAGGGUCCUCAUCUCUGCAGUUUAUGACGAGGUUUACUCAUGCUUCUGUAAUUACAUAUUCGUUCCUCAAGGGGGCCUCAGAGACAUUUAUCAUGAGUGUCAGAGGGACGUGAUGUUGUGCCUCCAUGAAUGUGUGUAUUUUGAUUACCAUGACUCUGUUUAACAGUAUUUUGUCAGUUUGUAAAUAGUGCAAUUUUAUGGAAGCCCAUUUCUGCCACAUAAGAAAAAAUGCUUUUCUAAAUCAUUACUAUGAGAUAAAAAUUAUGAAAUGAUGACGUACUAAGUCAUUUUUAUGAGAUGAAAAGCCAAAAUUAUGACAUAAGUCAGAAUUAUGACUUAUGUCACAUAGAAAGUCAUAAUUAUGACAAAGAAAGUCAUAGUUUUUAUCUUAUAAUUUUGACUUUUUAAUUUAAAAUUAUGACUUAGUGUGUCAUACUAUGGUUCUGAAACGUACCGGUACUACCGGUGUCAUGACAAAUCGGAUCCUCCCUCAAAAUCAGGUCUCCCCAAACUGUCAUUUAAUGAUUAUCCUAAGUAUAUACAAAUGAUAUUAAUUCAAAAUACACAUAUAGCUUACUAUAUAAUGCUUAAAGGGUUAGUUCACCCAAAAAUGAAAAUAAUGUCAUUAAUUACUCACCCUCAUGUCGUUCCACACCCGUAAGACCUUCGUUCAUCUUCAGAACACAAAUUAAGAUAUUUUUGAUGAAAUCCGAUGGCUCAGUGAGGCCUGCAUGUUUUGAAAUCGGCCAUCACUAUAUAAGUCGUUAUUUUGUGUUUUUUUGGCGCACCAAAAAUAUUCUCGUCGCUUUAUAAUAUUAAUGUUGAACCACUGUACUCACAUGAACUGAUUUAAAUAUGUUUUUAGUACAUUAAUGGAUCUUGAGAGAGGAAAUGUCAUUGCUGGCUAUGUAGGCCUCACUGAGCCAUCGGAUUUCAUCAAAAAUAUCUUAAUUUGUGUUCUGAAGAUUAACGAAGGUCUUACGGGUGUGGAACGGCAUGAGGGUGAGUAAUUAAUGACAGAAUUUAAAUUUUUGGGUGAACUAACCCUUUAAGGAAACACAUUAAUGCAUAAUAAAACCAACUGAACGUAAUUUCUUAACUGUUAAUUAAUAAAUAAUAAUAAUAAUCGCUUAUCUAUAUGCUAGUAUAUAAGCUAACUUAUACAGACGUAAAUGGUCAUUAUAAUGUAGCUGAAACAGUAUUUAUCAUAACAUGAUUUUGUAGGAAUCAGGCACAAAAGAGAGAACCUAUUAAAAGCAAUUUGAACCAAUGGAAUUGCUUGGGGUCCUAAAGGAGACCUGAUUUUGGGGAGUAAACACUUUUCUUUUUAACACUUUUUGAUUUUCUCAGUUUGUGUAAAUCUACUUAGGGUUCAGGGAAUUUCUUUUGUUCCACAUUAAUUUCACACAUGUCUGGUACAAAUAUGUGGCUUUGUUUUAUUAAAACAGUGUAUACUUUUUUCUUUAUUUACCCCGAAAGAAGGGAAGUGAAAUGUGACAACAUGCCCCAUAGGUGGGGCACAUUGUAACAUGACCAUAUGACAGCUAAAAAUUUUAUCUGACUUUAUUAAAAAUAUAUACGUGACAAACUAAAAUAUUUUGUCAAUAAAAGACAAUAUUUUUUUUUUUUCAUAUAAUUUUUUUUAUUUUAUUUAUUUUUUUUUUUUUAUAAUUCUAAUUUAAAUAAUUUUGUAGUUUGACAGGGAACACUCUCCAAAAUACAGCACUGGUCAAAACAAUACACCCAAACAGAUGAAGAAACAUAUCCAGACACUCAGAAAAACACAGAGCUGAACUCAACACUCCUCCCUCCAUCACAGCUCUACAGAACACCAGACAAAUAGACGAGACAGUACAAAUGCUGAACAUUUCUUGAAAUAAUAUUUUCUGGAUGUUCAGGUUCUUCCUCUCAGCCCUUAUUGACAUUUUUUCCCAAAAUUUUAUCAACAGAAAUUCAAAAAAAAGUUAAUUAUGCCAGUUAUAUCGUAACUGUAUAGAAUAGUGUAGUUCUAGUAGCGGGGCAGAUUGUAACGCAGUGUUACAACGAACCCUAUCUGUGCAACUGGAUUUUAACCCUGGUUAUUGUCUUCUGAUAGUUAGUGAAGCAUUAAAGAACUACCCAAACAACAGACAGGAGAUUAAAAUAAUAUCAGAUUUGUCUCAUUUUAAAUAAAAACAAAAAAUAUAGAUGAAAAAUUAGCUUAAGUAAGAAAUUUACUUUUGCUAUUGUUAAAUAAAUGUUCAGUGAUAUCUUCCAAAGAUUUUUGAAUUUUGGCGCAAUUUUUUUCUCUAUAUAUUGUCGAAAUGGCAACUAGUAAAUACGCUAAGUUUCUUCAUGCUAGCGUGUGUGGAAAUAUUUAAACCAUGUGUGUUACAACUAACCCCGCGUUAGUUUGUGCCUCAGUUUGUCACUACUCCGGUACCAGUUUGUACUAAAAAAAACGUUACCAGCUUUUCUGCAGUACCGGUACUGAGUACUCGCUGAAUAUACCCGACAUCAAAGGUUUCUAUUUACAGCAUGUUUUUAGAAGCGUUAAGUUUAACCAACAAAGGGUAAACACGAUGUAAAUUCAUUGUACAAUUAAGACUUUUUUAUUAUAACAGGAGUUUUCGUGAGAGUGCGGAAUUCAGUGAGCUUGUGCUUUAGAGAUUGAUGGGGCCGGUUCACACCAUCUUCAACACCGUCAAAUACGUGUUUUGAAUGUAAACGCGAUUCAUCAAUAGCGUAAUUUUGACCCUUUUGGCUUGCCAUAUCUCGUGCAUGACACACCGGCAUUCUAAAACGCGGCGCUCAAGAGAAAAGAUCUCACGUUUUUUGUCAUUCCACUGACCUGAAUCUUGCAUUUUUAACAGCAAAAAUGUGUUCUGUGUGGCAUAUAUAUAUAUAUAUAUAUAUAUAUAUAUAGGUAUAAUGAGCAGCAUUGCUCGUUUAUCUGCUGAAACAACAGACCAGCAUCAGUUGAUUAAGAUGCUUUUUUGUUUGUUUGUUUGCUUUUUCAGAAGGGUUAUGAUUGAGUCAUUUAUCACCGUUAUGAUAAAUAAUUAAUAAUUUAAUUUAAUUAAUUCUGACAGCAGCUGCCCUACAGCAUUUAGUAAUUGUUUCACCAUCUUGAGUGUUUCUCUCACCUCUCUGUUUCUUCAUAAAGCACUGAAUGAUUCAUGCUCUGACAGGUUAAACUACAUUUCACAAUUUAUGAAGAAAAUGUGGGUGGCAGUUACAAUUUUCUCAUUAUUGUGAAUGUCUGAAGAUUUCCUAUAGUAUUUCCUACCUUUUUGUAAAACAAGUGCGUUUAAUUGUACUGAAUGUGCAGUUUAGUGUACUUCAAAUCUUAUAGUAUAUUUUAAAAAACUGUACUUUUUACAAUUUCAUGACUGAAAGUGCACUUUGUAAUAUAUAUAUAUAUAUAUAUAUAUAUUUUUUUUUUACUUUGAAGUUUUAAAUCAUUAUGUUUUAAUAAUCUUUUGUCAUGCAUUAAAGAAGCACACUUGAUUACAA